ACAACUCGCCACUGCACCAAUAAGCCGGCCGGUCCGUGCGUGCGAUCCAAGAGUAUCAGUAUACUGUAUACGUGGCUAUAGCCAUGCUCGGGAGGAGAAACAAUGGGCCGCCGACGACGUCCAAGCCCCGACCGGACGGCGCGGGCCUCGCCGGCGCCAGCACCGUCGUCGCCGACGGCGGGCAGGCGGAGGUGGCCGCGUCGCAGUUCGUCGUGCAGCUAGAUGAGGCGGCUCGGGAGAGGCUGGAGCGCAUGAACCGGAGGCUGAGGCUGCUGGAGCAGCAGAUGGAGAUGCUGGAGGCGGAGGUCGGGAGGGCCAGCAGUACCGCCGACGACUAGGAGCAGCGGCGCCGCCCCUGGUCGGAGAGACGAUGGAUGCAUGUAGAAGCCUUCCUUUUCUUCUUUUCCCUUCUCAGCUUCUUGCUGAUGGAAGGACACGCACGGUGAUAGUAUCAUGCGCUUGUUAAGGCGUUAGGCCUUUUUCUUGUAGUGAUGGAAGAACAUGACCAUGACUAUAGUGAAUCACGGUUGUAUUCCUGAAGCUUUUUGCCACAUUUUUCCUUUGAUCCCUGCUUGGUUUGAGGGGUUUGACUGACUCUCAGGCUCGUUGCGGAAAAGUAUGGCUUCGUCUCUGGUGGAAAAUGGCUGCCGUUCCAAGCAUGCAAGUACAUGAUGGAUCUCUGAAUUGUCGCUUGAUGUACGAUUACCUCAGCACCUUAAAUUAAAGACUUCAUACCA